UCCAUGCGGUCACACUGGCCGCCAUUUUUGUUUCGUGCUUCUGUCAAAACGAAAAGGGUCGGUGGUAAACAAACAAAGAGCCUCUUUUAUCGAAGGAUAUUUCACACAUUUCGUCGAAAUGCUGAAUAAUAUGGGAUCCGCUGAUGAGCGUACUAUUUACGCUAAACUGGAGGCGUUAAAGGAAGUAAGAGCUAAGACUAUGCAGUUGGAGAAAAUGAAACUGCGCAUCUUGCAUGAAGUGGAAGCAACUGAAGCUGAAGAAAAGUGUCUCUCUGAGUAUAAGCAGGAGAUGGAUAUGCUAAUGCAAGAAAAAAUGGCGCAUGUCGAAGAACUUCGUCAAAUUCAUGCUGAUAUUAAUGCUAUGGAAACUGUCAUCAAACAAGCUGAAGAGUCGCGAAACAGAGCACUUGAUACUGCGAAGCGUAUUCAUGAUGAUUAUAGGCCUCUGAAACAUGAUGUUGAUCGCCUACGCCGUGAGUACCUAGGCCUUGAUCGCUUGCCAGAUCUUCAUGAGGAAGAAGGAGAUCUCAUUUCACCUGACUACUUUGACAAACAUGUCAAGACUUCUGAUUGGCGCGCUCCAGAUGUGCGCGAUGUUGAGCAAGCAAGCAUGGCAAGUCUUGCAAUGCACUCCCAUGCUCACAGUCAUCCAGGUCACCAUCCCCACUCUGCUCACCAUGCUCCUGGCGCUGGUUUCCUUACUCCUCAACAGCCACUGCAAUUAGUCCAAGGCAACAAGGCAGACAACCGCCCAAUGCCACCAGCUCCAGGGCCUGCUCCAACAUUUAGGCAACAGCCUCCUCCAAUGAAGUCCUGCCUAUCAUGCCACCAGCAAAUUCAUCGUAAUGCUCCAAUCUGCCCUCUUUGCAAGGCCAAGUCCCGCAGCAGGAAUCCUAAGAAGCCGAAGAAGAAGGAUUAAUCAUUGCUUGUCUUUAAUCACUUACGUAUUUUCUGCUGGAAGAAGCUGCAAUUUCAUUUCUUACUUUGUUCUGAGCCCACUUUACAGUGGCUGGUGCCAAAUGAUUCUAAUAUUUCUGGUGCCAAAUUUUUCUUCGAAUCUAUUCUGGGUUUCAUAUUUUGCUGUUAUUCAAAUAGAGUAUGUGUGUUUGAAUUUAUUGUGGAAUAUUUGAGACAUAACGUGGACUGCCCUUUGCAUCAUGUCUUUGAAUCCAUUUUUGGUAACCAUUAAUAAUGAUAACAAUACAGUACCUAAUUAAGAUGUAUUAUGAAACAAGGAUCAGUGGUUUGACCGUUCUUAUCUUAGACAAGUUGUACUACUUGUUUAGCUGUAAGAAUUUUAUUGUUUUUGUUAACUCUUUCUUGCCAAAGAGACUUCAUAAACAUAGACUUCAACAAUUUUGUGAUUUAUUUAAAUAAAUUUGAUUAAAAUAUUAAUUUACUAAUAUACAGUAAGUUGUUGUUUGUUUGUUAAUUUACUUUCUGAAUUUGUUGCUAGUGUUCAGGGUUGGUACUCUAAGCCAUGCUUGUUUAUGUGGCAUCUAUGAACUGAAUGUUAACCUUCCAAUUUAACUUUGUGACUUGCUGCUCAGUCAAGCUGACGGGCAGAAGCUUACAAAGAAUUUUUAUUUGUUUUAUAACUUUUAGAUGUGUAUUCUAGUUUUACAAUUCAUUGGAAGUUUUGAUUUCAAUUUUGUAUUCCUUUUAGUUUACAAUGGUCUAUAUAAGACUAAGAACAACAUGCCAAUACUUGGCUUGUCUAGUAAAAUUCUACAAAUUCAUGAGUGAAGAAUUUUGCACUAAAUUAAUCAUGCUAGAAAUUUGUAGUUUAGUUGCAUGCGUGGCUGGUCAUUUUUCAUCCAAUGCAUUUGUUUAAUCAUUCCCUUGUUGUUUCUGCCAUGAGUUUGACAGAAAUAUCUCUUACAUUAACCAAGGCUUUUUUCAGCAUGUAACUGUAACAAGGCUUCUCCAUUGGUGAGGUCUCUUUGUUUUCAUUAUCUGUAUUGAAAGAGUAGGAUUAGAUCUGAUCUCUAAUAAUAAACAUUUGUAUGUAAGUGUGUUCUGUGUAAUGGCAUUCGUCAAGAAGGUGGUGCUUCUAUACCUCUUCUGGUGUCUGUAGCAAUAAAAUGAAUCAAUUUAAUAA